UGCUUCACCGGGCGCGCCGCUUCCGCACUCAGUAUCAACAAUAUGGCGAAGACGUACGACUAUUUGUUUAAACUACUAUUAAUCGGAGACUCUGGUGUCGGAAAGACGUGCGUCCUGUUCAGGUUCUCCGAGGACGCCUUCAAUUCUACGUUUAUAUCUACCAUAGGCAUAGAUUUCAAGAUAAGAACGAUAGAGCUUGACGGCAAGAAGAUCAAGUUGCAGAUAUGGGAUACUGCUGGCCAGGAGCGCUUUCGAACAAUCACGACUGCAUACUACAGAGGGGCGAUGGGGAUCAUGCUUGUUUAUGACAUUACCAAUGAGAAGUCAUUUGAAAAUAUCAAGAACUGGAUCAGAAACAUAGAGGAGCAUGCGUCUUCUGACGUUGAGAAAAUGGUCCUCGGCAAUAAAUGUGACAUCAAUGACAAGCGACAGGUGACCAAAGACAGAGGCGAGAAGCUUGCUUUAGAAUACGGCAUUAAAUUCAUGGAGACGAGCGCGAAGGCCAACAUCAACGUUGAGAGUGCCUUUUUAACACUCGCUAAGGACAUCAAAUCCAAAAUGGACACGAAAAUGGAGGGAAACACGCCGCAAGGGACCAGCCAAGGAGUGAAGAUUCUGGAGCCACGGAAAAAAAGCAGCUUCUUUCACUGCAGCCUCCUUUGAGGACCACGAGGCCUUUUUUUACAGGAGAACCCGCUCAAGCCCAAAUAAGACUUGUUUGCUUGGGAGCACUUCCUUUCGUUUCCCAUUCCUCAUGCACAAAAGCAUACCCGCCUCUUCUGAGCACUUCCAGCUGGACCAUCUCUUCCAUUUACAAGAGAUUUCUGCGGCCCGCUCUGUGGAGGACGGCAACGACGAGAUGUAGUACAAAUAACAGGCUUGUACCGCAGUUUUUGUUCCUUUUUCUUUGUCAUACUUUACCUGGUCGCCAGAUUGGGUAUGUCAACUUUUUUUUUGGGGGGGGGGGGGGGGCAUAUUUCUGCCAAAAACUGACAAUCCUGAUUGUCAGUAGAACAGCAUCAUUUUUCAAUUGAAUAUAAACACACAAGAAGUGUGACAUUUUGAUUCAAAGCUCUCUUGCUCGAAUGAAAAUGUGCUAAAAUUCAACACCAAAAGUUAACUUUACUUUUUGGACUGCAAAUUGAUGUAUCAACUCGUUCAUUGCCAUUGAUGGUAAUAGACAUCUUUUGGAACUGGGAGGGUUGGCAUUCAUCAAACACUGUCAGUUCUAAUGGAUUGGACAUCUGUUGCCUUCAGUGACAGUGGAUGUGUGGCUGUUUAAGAGUAAUUUUGGUGAAAAUUUAAUUUUGUUAGCAAUAUUUGGAAAAUUCGGCAGCUAGAGCCAGUGUCCUGAAAUUGGGUUGGCAUGCCUAUGUUAAGACACAUAAAAAAAGAAGAUAUCUGCCGUGUUGGAUUAAAGCAGCCAUUUUAGGGUCGUUUAGAUGAGAAUUUGGAUUUGGUAGCAUUUUCUUUCUCAAAAUUCUGCACCCAAAGCCGUUUUCACUGCUUAUGUGAAAUUUGGCAGAUAUUUCAAUUGCCAAAAUUGUUCUAAAAAUGUCCUCAGAGUCCAAGGGUGAAAUUUCGAUGCCUAUUGAGCACACAACUGACAAUUUAAAUUGGCGGCUUGCCCAUUUAAUUCUUUUCAUUACUAUUAUGUAUUAUUAAUAUAUUUCCUGCCGGCUGCUUGGUAAAACGGCAAUUAUUGGACUUCUUUGACCAGCAUUUCUAACAAUAGCCUGUUUCACGUGCAACCACAGAGCCAGCCAAUAGGGAUUAUGGCGUAGUUUUGCUCGCAUCUAUUUAACAGCGGCAACGGUUUCUGCCAAAGUAGGAAAAUGGACCUACAAAAAAUGGUGACACUUAAAAUUCGUGAAAAAUAUGCUAUGCUAAUGAUAUUUUUUAACUUGAUAGACUUGACCUGAUAGAUUCAGAUUUAAUUCUGAGUCAAGAUAAAAUGUUUCUGGCAGUUUGAACAAAAAUCCACCUUCCCUACUUCCUCUUUGGCUCUUCUCGCACUUUACCACAAAAUCCAGUUGACAUUUCCAUAGCGUCAUAUAAGGGGGCGUAAUGCUUCUUAUGACUGACGUAUGUUAACCCAGCGCAGUAUUUGACUGACAAACUUUCUUUGAUUUCUGCCUCAUCUAUUUAUAUAAAAAAAGAAGCUUUUUUUUUCUAUUUUUUUUUUUUGUUUGUUUAAAAAAAACAAAAAGGCAAAAGUACUGUUGCAGUUGUCAUAUAAUCCCAAUCCCAUGUAGUCAGUAUUUUGACUCGUUAUCUGCUAUUCACAGCAAUGGACAUUCAGUCCAUUUAAACCCAACCCAAUUCAAAUGGAUUGGAUGUUUGUUGCUGACAGACAAUAAGUUAAGAAGUACUUUUUAGGUGUUCAAAAUGCAAUACAAUACAGUAGCUCUGCAUUAAUUUUUUGUGCUUCCAUCAAUGUCAGAGCUCUCCUUUUGUAAACCGUUCAUUUUUUCUGUCGUCAUUCAUUUAUUUUGUAAUCUCAACGUAUCGCCAGACCUCAAACACGCACACAUCUUCUCACUUCAUUCCUGCACCUUUUUUCCUCACGUGUGUCCAUUUGUCCUAUAGUUCAGUGCGGUUAUGCAUUGUGAUGCUUGGACCUGUGAGUGUGAGUGCUCUUUUAGUCAUGUUGACCUUUUCUAGUGUUGAGCCAAAUACAGAAUGCUUUCUGAAUAAACAAAAAUUAAUAUCAAUGCAAUCGUAGAAUUUUGGGUCAGGAAGUUAUUAGUGAUACAUUUUUUUCUCGUAUCACUAAAGCUCCCUUUAUUUUGCACUUGUAAAUGUUCAACAUGAUAGUUAAGUAGGACAUUUUUUUUGUAGUGUUAACAUGUGUCACAGGUGUAUUCGAGCCAUAUUGGAUAGAAAUGGAUAAAGUAAAUUCGUGAGUUUACAAUCUGUCUUUUAAGGCAAAAAAAGGCACAAUUUGACAGUUAAUUAAGGAGUCAGGAUCACAUUCAGAAUUCAAUGAAUUGGUGAACUUUCAACUUCGCUACCAGUACCCCGUUUUCCCUUUUAAAGUAACACUAGGUAACUUUUCAACUUUAAUUAAAUAUUUUCAUAACAUUUGCGAUAUGUCGACUGACAACUACUUGAGUGAAACCUCUUUUAUAUUUUGAAGGGGUCUGUAUUGCUUUCACCGGCACUAAUUACUAGAGGUGUGUGAAAUUUCCGAUUCUUAGAUUAUUCGCGAUUCGGCCGUGGAAGAUUCGAGAACGAUUCACAAACAUCCAAAUUCCGAUUAUUGAAAUAUGUCAAGUAAAGCAGAAGUAAAACACACUCAGCACGCCGCGCGGUCUUCGGGACGCAAUGAGGAACGGAGCGAGAGUAGCUAAACAUCAUGCUUGUCAUUACCCGGCCCCUCGGGUAAUGACAAUGCUCAACUCAAGGCUCUAGCUCAACUCAUGCCGCGAGAUAAAACAACAACAACAUACCUGACUGCUGCCGACAGCUGCUACAAACUACGUCCACAUAAUGGUUUGGUAGAUAUCAUAUUUAUAUGGGACUAGAUGCAAAAUGAAAGACUCGGUGGCGUUAGCAGCACAUGCACAGAAAGCUAGAAAGCAUUAGUAAACGGCCGCCAUCUUAAAGCAGUAGACUUCCCUGCAAGGCUGUUGUAGCGAACCUUCCAAGCGAACCUAAUUAACUUUUUAUCUAAAAUACUCCUAAAUCGGCAAAAUAUUGACUUGAAUCUAUCUUUAAAAUAGUUUUAAAACUUUCACAUGUCGAAAGUAGACAGAAGGGAAAUUAUGGAAUAACGGGAGCAAUUUUAACAACUUUAACGGUUGAUUCACAACAUUAAAUUAAUUGAAUGUAGUUUAAAGCUGCUGAUAAAGAAUGGGGAUUUGAGUAUAUAAUUGUUUUUAACUGUUAACUUGAUACUUGAGUUUUUUUUUUUUUUUUUUUAACAGUUUUUGUAACUAAUGUACAAAACAUUAAAAGCAGCUAAUAGCGGGGGUGGGGGGGGUCAUCAAUAAUCGAUUUAUAAUCGAAUCGUAGCCUCUGAAUAGUAAUCGUAAUCGAAUCGUUAGGUGCCCAAAGAUUCCUACCUCUACUAAUUACCAUAAUUUGCGGACUAUAAACCGCUUUCUUUUUUCGUUCAUUUUGAAUCCUGCAUCUUAUAGUCCAGUGCGGCUUAUUUGUUUAUUUAUUUGGACUAAUAGGUAACACUUUAUAUUACAGUGGCGUCAUAAGACUGUCAUAAUUAUGACAUGACACUAUCAUAGGCAUUACUCAACACUUAUGACAGAUGUCAUUAAAUGUCGUCUGGCAAAUUAUGUCACCAAUUCCAUUUAUGUCCACUUUGGAUGUUUUACAUCUAUUCAAAAGUGAGAUAAUUUGCCGGAUAACACUAAAUGACAUCUGUUAUAGGCAUUAAUUAUUGCUCAUGACAGUGUAAUGUCAUAAUUAUGAGUUUCUUAAUGGCACCACUGUCAUAUAAAGUAUUACCAAAUACCAUAACUAGCAUUUAACGAAACAACUGGAAGAGUAACUGAAGAAAUAAUUAGCACAGAACAUGAAUUUUGAUUGUUGUUUACAUCUGUAGUGCUACAAUGCAUGCUAGGAGGCA